AUGCUGCUGUCUCUCUCUCUCCGCCCUACAUUGGACGGCCGUGUGCGCAGCAGUUUAACUUUCUGUUUCAGCUCCACGUAGCUUUUUGCAAAAGCGGAGGGUGUUUUCAUUCAUGUGGUCUCGAGGCGGAUAACCGUCAACACAACUCAACGUGGUUUCGUUUUGGACGCGCGCCACGUAAGAACAAGAGUUUAGUGGGACGUCCACGGACCAGAUGGGCAAAAUGCCAACAACUCUACGAGGAUGACUGAUGGGUAAACUACACGCGCAACACGCUCAUAAAUUGUCUGAAAAAUACGUUUGCGUAAUUUAAGCUCCUGUAAGUGACUUCUUCAGCGACAGUUCUUGUCUGGAGAGACACUCAGUCCCAUGUGUGCGCUCUACCCCGAGGACGGUGCCCAAGACCCGGGGGUUAGAUGGUGCUUAUAACGGACGACAGGGAUGGAGGAGGCGCUUUGCCUGGCCGGGUCAAACAGCUCCACCAGCAGCAAAAAGUCGGAGGAAACAUCCCUCAAUUCCACCCGACUAUAGCUGACUCGGACGAGGACUAUCUUGGCUCAUGCGAGGAUGACGAUGAGGAGGACGACGAAGGGGAGGACGGGGAUGAUGAAUUCGAAGAAGUUGACUUCGAGGACUUGGAUGACAGUCGGAGCAUCGCGUCGGACGACUCCUUCUACCCGCCUGAUGAUGUGUUCGCGGACUCGGAGCGCACCCCGUCCCCGGACGGCCCGGAGCCGCUCUCCUUUUUCCAGGCGUGUUGCAGCAACAACGCGGCUAUCGUCCGGAUAAUGAUACGACAUGGAGUGACGGAGGAGGAGGUUAACGAGAAGGACAGGAAUAACAGGAUAGGGCUGUUGGUAGCGUGUUACCAAGGUUUCGUUGACGUGGUCAUAGCGCUGUCCCAGUGUCCAUUUCUGGAUGUCAACUGGCAGGACAGCGAGGGGAACACAGCUCUCAUCACUGCUGCCCAAGCAGGACACAUAACAAUCACCAACUAUCUCCUCAACUUCUACUCUGGGUUGGACAUCGAGAGUAGAAACUGUCAUGGCUUCACAGCUCUGAUGAAAGCCGCCAUGCAGGGCCGGGUGGAAUGUGUGCGCUCACUCAUCAUGGCAGGUGCCGCUUUGAAUUCCAGGGACUUCGGCCGCCAAUUCAGUGCCAGGGAGUGGGCCUUAUUUACGGGCCGUUAUGAAACAGCCUGGGUGAUGACACGCCUGAUGGAACGGCCCUGCCCUCACCAGUACUGUGAUACAUACAGUCUAGAGUGGCCCCCGCUGGCAUCACUGGUGGCCAAGGCCCAGGAGCCCCGCGGUUGUCUGAAGCGCCUGUCUGACACUGUGCGGAACGUAUUCAGCAUGGCCAACGUUACCAACCCUGAGGAUGAAGGUGUCAUCGACCACAUGGUUUCUAUAACAACUGCCAUGAGGAGCCCUUUUAUUGCUGUGGCAUGCCAUACAGUGUGUCCUGACAGUCCCCCAAGUGUGGGCAAACGGAGCCAUGCAGUCCCUGAGAUCAUCCGUCAACAGCGCGCCAAAGAGCUUCGAUCCAUCAACCCGAACAGGGCGGACAGCCACCUCAAACUCUUCCAGAACUCCCGGGUCACACUGGUGGCCAAGAACUCAGUAGACCGCCGGGCCAGCCUUCAGGUUCAGAGCCUGGUUCCCCGACAGAGGAGCUCCAGCCUCAGCAUCGUGACUUAUAAUGAAGAACUACGAAGGACUAGUCUACUGCCUUUAAAUAUGGUGCUGAGGAGGAGCAGUGUGAGGCCGGGAUUCAGCAUCCCUAAAGUCAGGGUGUCUAAGGCGCCCACCCCCACUUAUGAACCUGAAAAGAUCCGGAGAAGGAGCAGCUGCAAAGAUGGAGCAGGGCACCUGCUGCAGAUCCCAAGGUGGCGCUACAAGGAGCUGAAAGAAGAGAGGCGGAAAGCAGAGGAGGCCGAGAGGAGGAGGCUCGAGACCAUAACCAAAAGACACCUUGCUGCUGGAAAAAGGAAAUAACAUGAAAUAACUCCUGACGAUGUCAUGUACACUAACAACAAAAGGUGAUCAAAUCUGGAUGGCCAUCAAGUUUGAAAAACUUGGCUUUAAUGUUUUAUACCACAACAUUAAACAUAUAUAUAUAUAUAUAUAUAUAUAUAUAUAUAUAUAUAUGAUCAGGGUGACUA